ACUGCCACCGUUGUGUGCUUCGACGUGGACUGCACCGUCUGCAGGAAGGACUCCAUGGAUAUGAUCGCCGAGUUUGUCGGUGCCGACACUGCGGAGGUGGAGAGAAUCACAAAUCAGGCAAUGAACGGGGAGCUCUCGUUGGAGGAAGCCCUUCAGAAACGCAUGGACAUCAUAAACCCGACUCCCGCACUCAUCAAGAAUUUUCAUGAGGCGCACCCGCCAGAGGGCCGUCUCUGCCCUGGGAUUGCGGAGCUGAUUCAAGCCCUGCACGAUCGUGGCGCAAUCGUGUACCUAAUCAGUGGUGGUUUUCGUGAACUGACGCUGCCAGUUGCUAAGCUGCUCAACAUACCGUUUGAUCGCGUCUUCGCGAACAGGAUGUUCUUCCAGAACGACGAUAUCACCCUGCAGCCAACCGUUUUUGCUGGAUUCGAUUUCUCCCAGCCGACAGCACACGCAGGCGGCAAGACCAAGGCCAUCCAAGGCAUUCGCACGAAUCGCCCGUUUGAGACCAUCAUCAUGAUCGGCGACGGCGUCACAGACUUAGAGGCCGCGGAAGAGGGAGCAGCUGACCUGUUCAUCGCUUACACUGGGAUCGUCAGUAGACCCAACGUAGUUGCCGGGGCCUCCUGGGCAGUCAAGCACUUCGACGAGCUCCACAAGAACCUGAAGAAGCACCGCGUGGCCUAUGUUGGCAGCGGCGCGUGGGCGUGUGCAUCCGCGAGAAUGGCAGCCCAGACGUGCCGAGAGUCAAGCUUGUUCGAGACAGACAUCCUCAUGUGGGUGUAUGACGAGAAGCUGGAGGAUGGCAGGAUGCUCACAGAUGUCAUGAAUGAGAGGCACGAAAACGUGAAGUAUCUCCCCGGCGUGGGCAUAGGCGAGAAUAUCAUUGCGUGCCCAGAUUUGGUGGAAGUUGUCAGGGACGCCGACAUCAUCUGCAUUUGUGCCCCACACCAGUUUGUUCACCGCAUUUGUGUGCAGAUGAAGGGGAACAUCAAGCCUAGCGCAAUCGCGAUCUCUUUGACAAAAGGUAUGCGCAUCCGCGCUGAGGGCCCCCAGCUAGUGAGCGCCAUGGUGCGCUCCAAGCUGGGCAUAGAUUGCUCGGUGCUGAUGGGGCCCAAUAUUGCCGAACAGGUUGCUGCAGAGAAGCUGUGCGAGGCCACGAUCGGAUACAGGCAUGUGGAGAGUGCGCGGUUGUUCCAGAAGUUGUUUGAGAGGCCUUAUUUUUUCGUGGCUUGCGUGCCAGACAUUGAGGGUUGCGAGCUGUGUGGCACGCUCAAGAAUAUUGUCGCGUUGUCCGCUGGGUUUACCGACGGUCUUGGCUGCGGCGCCAACACCAAGGCUGUCAUCCUACGCGUUGGCAUGUCAGAGAUGCGGAGAUUCGCGAAGGCAUUGUACCCAUCUGUGCAGGACGAGACUCUCAUGGAGUCUUGUGGCAUCGCUGACCUCAUCGCGACCUGCUUUGGCGGACGCAACCGACGAGUUGCAGAGGCAUUCACCAAGGAGCAAGGCAAGAAGUCGUUUACAGAGCUUGAGGCUGAGCUUCUGGGUGGUCAGAAGCUGCAAGGAGUACUCACGUCCAAUGAAGUUCAGUCGGUGCUCGCCGCUAGAGGUUGGCUUCAGCAGUUCCCACUGUUCGUCGCUGUCAACGACAUUGUCAACGGCAGGGCUACUCCGGAUGCGAUUCUCAAGAUCGAUUUCAAGCCCAAGCCAUAG